AUGUCAGGUCGCGGUAAAGGAGGAAAAGGAUUAGGAAAAGGUGGCGCCAAGCGUCAUAGAAAAGUGUUGAGAGAUAACAUUCAAGGUAUAACCAAACCCGCCAUCCGUCGUCUGGCUCGCCGAGGUGGUGUGAAACGUAUUUCUGGUCUUAUCUACGAAGAAACACGCGGUGUUUUGAAAGUAUUCUUAGAGAAUGUAAUCCGGGAUGCCGUCACCUACACAGAGCAUGCUAAGAGGAAGACUGUUACUGCUAUGGAUGUGGUUUAUGCCCUUAAGAGACAGGGAAGAACCUUGUAUGGUUUCGGAGGUUAA